CUUCCCCCCCAAAGCAGGGCAUCCCUGCCCCAUCUCAGUCUAGUCUCACAAGGGCUGGAGAGUUUUCCUUCCACUUUUCAGCAUAGGAAACAAACAGCUCAUUAGCUGUCUCAGGCACUGGAGGCUAACCACUAGAAUUAGUUUCACCUCCAGCACAGGAAGGUAAAUGUUGUGAAAGAAGAGCAUGCAGCAAAACAGCAGGGGAAUCUAAAUCUACGUGUAUUAAGAUGUCCUCUGUGACUGUAUUCAUAUAGAAGAUUUUUGCUCCCUUUCAUCUUAGAACUUUUAAAUAUUUGACUGAGAAUAUGGCAACAGAGGUGGCUAUCGUGCUCCAGUUGCCAUAUGAGGCAACUGAAUCAACCACCAGGCCCUCCAUGGGAUACAGUCAGACUCCAGGAAAGUCAGUGAUGAAACCAAGUCCACUAAAGCUUUUGGAUCCAGCUCGUUCAAAACUUACCACUGUUGAGACAAAGAGGAUCAUAUCUGUUUUGGAUGAGACUAUCUUUAAGAUAGAACUGAUCAGUCUGAUCUCUCACAUUACUGAAUGUGUGGGUGAUUUAAGCACUAUCCUGGGAUCUGAGCUCAUAGGUACCCUUAAGGAGCAUGAGCGGCUUUCAAACAACAUGGAAGCUUUACUUACCCAGCUUCAAAGAGAAGGUUUCCUGAAGCAGGAUGAUGGAAGAGGGGACCUUGUAGGAACUGACCGGCGUCUUCAAUUGCAUCAACAAGCUGUAAAAAGCUCUAUAAGAAAUAUUCUGAGACUCUUUCAGGCUGACCCUAUAGCUUCUCAAGCUGUGAAAGACGAGGCUUAUGCUAGGGAUUUAUCAUCUGAAAUGUUUCUCAAAAGGUUGUCAGAAUUCCGGGGUUUCUUAUUUGAGAAACUCCUGACUAGUCCCUUAGAAGAACAAGAAAAGAUUCAAUUCAUGGAAGAAAUCUCCCUCCAGGAAAAGAAAAACAGUGAAACUAUUGCAGCAUUAGAGGCAGAACUUGCAAUGGCAAUCCAGAGUCGAGAUGAUGAGAUUAUGAAAAAGAAUGCUGCAAUCAGGGAUCUCAAAAGCCAUCUACUCCAUCUGGAGAAGUUCUCUGAAAGCCACAUCCAACGCACCAAACAUGAAGCAGAGAAACUCCAAAAAGGGGAGCUGCGAACUUCCCAGGCAAAGUGUGCCAAGAUACAGCAAGAUAUAAAUCAGCUAAGAGCACAGCUCAAUGUUCUCAUCACAGACAAUCGAGAGUCAGAACUGGCUCUCAGAAAGAAAAAAUACAAAGUGGAGAUGGAAAUUGAGAACUGGAUCCAGAAAUAUGAUGCUGAAAUGGGAGAAAAACAGACUGAGUAUGAGGAAGUUGAUGCUGUCUAUACUGAAGAGAAGGCCCAGCUAGCUGAGUUGAAGGAGAAGUAUGCUAUGCUUGAACAAGAAUAUUCCCAGAUCAAGGAGGAGAGGAGGCUAUCUCAAGAGAAGAAGGAAAGGGCUGAGAGGGAACUAGCUAUCAUGGUCCGUGCUGCCACUCACAUUCAGGCCUUCUGGAAGGGCUACUUGGUCAGGUCACUGUUAAAGUCAAAGAGAAAGAAGAAGGGAAAAGGCAAGAAGAGCAAAAAAUAAAUUAGUUCCAUCCUUUUUCCCUCCCUCUCUUGCAACAUUAUAGGAAUUUCCUCUUGGACCUUAUCUGUCUAGAAUGUUUUCGCUUCAGCCAGACAAACACCCUCUCUAAGACUGUGGUUUUUAUGUACACAAAUCUGGCAUGUAAUAAUGAUUCUAUUAUAAAUAAAUAUCAACGAACAUAUUAGA